AUGGGGCGAGGAACUAUUCCAUGUACUAAUCAGAUGACUGGUUUUGAGUCGGGUCUACAUGGCCAGAACACAGGUAAUGAAAACGUUGCACAACCUAAUAUCCAACCUGCGGUAUCAGCUUCGGAGAACACAGCCAAUGUUGGCGUCCAAUAUGUAGCAGAGCAGUACCGGGACGACGAAAUUCAGAAUCUUCGUAAUCCUGGUACAGGCGGUGCACCUCCAACCAGAUUUUAUCAUUCUGACACGAUAUCCUCACUUGGGGCUGCUUCACAAAGGCAUGCGGCCUCCAGUCAAUUGCCAUCUUCCAGCAAUUAUGGAUUCACUGGAGUUUCUGCAGAUGAACAUGGAAGGAACGACAGUCACUCUUUGGAUAAUACCCGGAGUCUAUGCGAGAUAAGAUAUUCUGAACGAAUUUCUGGGACUAUCCAACAUAGUAACUCAUCUUCAGGCUCUAGUUCUUCAGCUGCCCCCUCGAAUACAAGGCAUCCUGAUGCUGAUAGAGUUGCUGUGAUGGAUUCUGCAUCUUUUGCGCUGCCUCAAUAUUACAGAGAACUCGGUGAUCCAUCAAUCAUGGAAGGACUCUCGAGUAACUUGAGAUACAGAUCAGGCGCUACUGGAAUGAGUCAUCUUAUGGUGAAUGAACAUAAUCAUUUGAUUCCAGGAAAUUAUAUGGUUCUGCAUUUUCGACCAGCUAGUACUCUCCGACCGGACCGGCAGUUGAGCAGUAAUUCUGGCCACGAAGGUACUUCAGCCACGAACCAGAUUCCUGCAACACCUUAUAUUAAUGGCAGCAAUUCCAUUGAAGGUUCUAUGGGGACUUGGAGUUUGCAGGGUGUACAAAGAUAUCAUCACACAGCUAGCAGUAGAGGUACCCUUGGUUUCCUCAACAGGCAGCGCCCCGAUCAUCUGAGCCCACAAAUGCAAGAAUUGAGAGGCCAAAAUACUAACUCUCACCUGGAUAGUUUCCGUCAUAUUCAUCCUUCAAUCAACAAUGGGCGCCACGAUUAUCAUUAUUAUUAUCCUUUGAUCCCACAAAUGCGAGGAGUGAGAGACCAAAAUAUUUCCUCUCACCAGUAUAGUUCCCGUCAUCUUCAUCCUUCCACCAACAAUUGGCACCACGAUCAUCACCAUAUGAUCCCACAAAUGCAAGGAGUGAGAGGCCAAAAUACUUACUCUCACCAGCAAGUAGCUGCAGCUUCAAAUAGAGUUGCUACGAAUUCUUCAGGAAGCACUCUAAGGCCUGCUCGGAACAAUUUGGAGAUGGUUCUCAGGCAUCGCGGAUCUAUUCUGCCAACUAGGCCUCAGAUAUACUGUCCUCAUAGAAGGGAAAUCCCGCCUGAGACAACUCUUAGACAUAGCAGCCGACCACCCACGAUAGUUCUGCUAGCUGAUGAAACUGUUAUACUUGAUUUGCUAGUGCUGCCACAAUUAUAUCAAUUGAUGAACUUGACCGACUCUAGCGAUGAGACAUCUAUAAAAGCUUUGUCUUGA